GACGGCGAAUGUAGGAAGCCGGAGGAAUGGCGCUCUUGGCAGCUUAGGCCCUGUGGCGGAGGGGGGGGGAAUCUCUAUCCGUCGGAUAUCUGCGCCAUCCUGCCCGCCCGCGGGUGCAUCUUGGAGCAGGUCUAUAUUGAAACUUGAAUUCAGAGGUACUGGGUGAGCCUGUUACUUUGCCACCAUGUUCCUGUAUAACUUGACCUUGCAGCGAGCCACGGGUAUCAGUUUUGCCAUUCAUGGCAACUUCUCAGGAACCAAACAACAGGAGAUUGUUGUUUCUCGAGGAAAGAUUUUGGAGCUGCUCCGGCCUGACCCCAACACCGGGAAGGUGCACACCCUAUUGACUGUGGAAGUGUUUGGUGUUAUCAGAUCCCUCAUGGCCUUCAGGUUGACAGGUGGUACAAAAGAUUACAUUGUCGUUGGCAGUGAUUCAGGCCGAAUUGUCAUCCUGGAGUAUCAGCCAUCCAAGAACAUGUUUGAGAAGAUUCAUCAGGAAACUUUUGGCAAGAGUGGGUGCCGCCGAAUUGUUCCUGGACAAUUCUUAGCCGUUGAUCCCAAAGGCAGAGCUGUCAUGAUUAGUGCCAUUGAAAAGCAGAAAUUGGUUUACAUUCUUAACAGAGAUGCUGCUGCCCGGCUUACCAUUUCCUCCCCUUUGGAAGCCCACAAGGCCAAUACUUUGGUUUAUCAUGUGGUUGGAGUAGAUGUUGGAUUUGAAAAUCCCAUGUUUGCUUGUCUGGAGAUGGAUUAUGAGGAAGCAGACAAUGAUCCAACAGGAGAAGCUGCAGCCAAUACCCAACAAACCCUCACUUUCUAUGAGUUAGAUUUAGGGUUAAACCACGUGGUCCGAAAAUACAGCGAGCCCUUGGAGGAGCAUGGCAACUUCCUCAUAACAGUGCCUGGAGGCUCAGAUGGCCCAAGUGGUGUAUUGAUCUGUUCUGAAAACUACAUCACCUAUAAGAACUUCGGUGAUCAGCCUGAUAUCAGAUGUCCCAUUCCUAGGAGGCGGAAUGACUUGGAUGACCCUGAGAGAGGAAUGAUUUUUGUCUGCUCUGCUACCCAUAAGACCAAGUCUAUGUUCUUCUUUUUGGCACAAACUGAGCAAGGAGACAUUUUCAAAAUCACUUUGGAGACAGAUGAAGACAUGGUUACUGAGAUCCGGCUGAAGUAUUUUGAUACUGUCCCUGUGGCUGCUGCUAUGUGUGUGCUCAAAACAGGCUUCCUCUUUGUGGCAUCUGAAUUUGGAAAUCAUUACCUGUAUCAAAUUGCCCAUCUCGGCGAUGAUGAUGAAGAACCCGAGUUCUCCUCGGCCAUGCCCCUGGAAGAAGGAGACACGUUCUUCUUCCAGCCCCGGCCUCUCAAGAACUUGGUGUUGGUGGAUGAGCUGGAUAGUCUCUCUCCUAUUCUGUUUUGUCAGAUUGCUGAUCUGGCCAAUGAAGACACCCCACAGCUGUAUGUAGCUUGUGGCAGGGGCCCACGAUCUUCUCUAAGGGUUUUAAGGCAUGGACUAGAGGUGUCAGAAAUGGCCGUCUCUGAGCUGCCUGGUAACCCCAAUGCUGUCUGGACCGUACGGCGACACAUUGAAGAUGAAUUUGAUGCUUAUAUCAUCGUGUCUUUCGUGAAUGCCACCCUGGUACUUUCUAUUGGAGAGACUGUAGAAGAAGUGACAGAUUCUGGCUUCCUGGGUACCACUCCAACUUUGUCCUGUUCCUUGUUAGGAGAUGAUGCUUUGGUGCAGGUAUAUCCAGAUGGCAUCCGGCACAUCCGAGCAGAUAAGAGAGUAAAUGAGUGGAAGACACCAGGAAAGAAAACUAUUGUGAAGUGUGCAGUAAACCAGCGGCAGGUGGUGAUUGCCCUGACAGGAGGAGAGCUAGUCUACUUCGAGAUGGAUCCCUCAGGACAGCUGAAUGAGUACACUGAGCGGAAGGAGAUGUCUGCAGAUGUGGUGUGCAUGAGUUUGGCCAACGUGCCUCCUGGGGAGCAGCGCUCUCGUUUCCUGGCUGUGGGGCUGGUGGACAACACUGUUCGAAUCAUCUCUUUGGACCCUUCGGACUGCCUCCAGCCACUGAGCAUGCAGGCCCUCCCAGCCCAGCCAGAGUCGCUGUGUAUUGUCGAGAUGGGUGGGGCUGAGAAGCAAGAUGAGCUGGGGGAAAGGGGCUCCAUUGGCUUCCUCUACCUAAACAUUGGGCUGCAGAAUGGUGUGCUGUUAAGGACUGUCCUAGACCCUGUCACUGGUGAUCUGUCUGACACCCGUACGAGAUACUUGGGCUCUCGCCCCGUGAAACUUUUCCGAGUCCGGAUGCAGGGCCAGGAAGCGGUUUUGGCUAUGUCGAGUCGCUCGUGGCUGAGCUAUUCUUACCAGUCCCGCUUUCAUCUGACCCCUCUGUCCUAUGAGACCCUGGAGUUUGCAUCUGGGUUUGCAUCUGAGCAGUGUCCUGAGGGCAUUGUGGCCAUCUCCACCAACACUUUAAGGAUUUUGGCUUUGGAGAAGCUCGGUGCUGUCUUCAACCAGGUAGCAUUUCCCCUGCAGUACACUCCAAGGAAGUUUGUCAUCCACCCUGAGAGCAACAACCUUAUCAUCAUUGAGACCGAUCACAACGCUUAUACUGAGGCCACAAAAGCGCAGAGGAAGCAGCAGAUGGCAGAGGAAAUGGUAGAAGCAGCAGGGGAGGAUGAGAGAGAGUUGGCAGCCGAGAUGGCUGCUGCCUUCCUGAAUGAAAAUCUCCCAGAAUCCAUCUUUGGAGCCCCUAAAGCGGGCAAUGGGCAGUGGGCUUCUGUGGUCCGGGUAAUGAAUCCCAUACAAGGAAACACACUGGAUCUUGUCCAGCUGGAACAGAAUGAGGCUGCUUUUAGUGUGGCAGUGUGCCGAUUCUCAAAUACUGGUGAUGAUUGGUAUGUGCUGGUGGGGGUAGCCAAAGACCUCAUUCUGAAUCCCCGCUCUGUGGCUGGAGGCUUUGUCUAUACCUAUAAACUGGUGAACAGUGGAGAGAAACUGGAGUUUUUGCAUAAGACUCCAGUGGAAGAGGUCCCUGCAGCCAUUGCCCCAUUCCAGGGCAGGGUAUUGAUUGGUGUGGGAAAGCUGUUGCGGGUCUAUGACCUCGGGAAAAAGAAGUUGCUCCGAAAAUGUGAGAAUAAGCACAUUGCAAACUACAUCUCCGGGAUCCAGACAAUUGGACACCGGGUCAUCGUAUCUGACGUCCAGGAGAGCUUCAUCUGGGUCAGGUACAAGCGCAACGAAAACCAGCUCAUCAUCUUUGCUGAUGACACCUAUCCCCGUUGGGUCACAACGGCCAGCCUCUUGGACUACGAUACCGUGGCUGGGGCUGACAAGUUUGGCAACAUUUGUGUUGUGAGGCUCCCACCUAAUACCAAUGAUGAAGUAGAUGAAGACCCAACAGGAAACAAGGCCCUGUGGGACCGGGGACUUCUCAAUGGUGCCUCACAAAAGGCAGAAGUAAUCAUGAAUUACCAUGUAGGGGAGACAGUACUUUCCUUACAGAAGACCACACUGAUCCCAGGAGGCUCAGAAUCCCUUGUCUACACUACCUUGUCAGGCGGGAUUGGGAUCCUUGUGCCUUUCACAUCCCAUGAGGAUCAUGACUUCUUCCAACAUGUGGAGAUGCAUCUGCGGUCUGAGCAUCCUCCUCUCUGUGGAAGGGACCACCUCAGCUUCCGUUCCUACUACUUCCCUGUGAAGAAUGUGAUUGAUGGUGACCUUUGUGAACAGUUCAACUCAAUGGAGCCCAACAAACAGAAGAAUGUAUCAGAAGAGUUGGAUAGGACACCACCUGAGGUCUCAAAGAAGUUGGAAGACAUCCGUACCCGCUAUGCCUUCUGAGCCCAACAGUGGACUUGCCCCCAGGCAUGUCAAAGACUGUGUUCUGAAGAGAGUUCUGAGGACAUGCCGGUUGUUGUUUACCCCCUCUUCCCUCCUUUUUUUCUUCGUGAUCACUUUGCUUUGAUCCCAUGGGACAGGAGGAAGGGGCAGUUAUUAAGAUCUUGAAACAUUUAAACUGAGAGAUGAUUCCAUGCACUCUUUGCAGUGAUGCGUGGCCCUGGCCCAGCCUGGGAUGUCCCCUCAGUCCCAGAUGUAUUCCCUGCUUGAAUUGCCUUUCCCUCCCAACCAAGCCCUUCUUUUUUGUACACACCCUUCAUUUUUAACUGGUUUUCUUGUAAAUACAGUUUUGUACAAUGUUGACUUUAGAAGGGGGUGAAUGGGGACUACUGGGGAGAGCUGAAAGUGGGACUGGUUAUAUAGUGCAGACACCAUGAAUUGUACCACUCUGGAUCAGAAGAAAUACAAGCUCAUUCUUUUUACAA